CUCCCUCCUCCUCCUUACUCUCGCUGUUACUCCUGCUCCUUAAAAGCAUCCACAUAUCCGUCGGCGAUGACUUCCAGAGCGGGCCCCCCUGGCCUGCCGUCUUUGCCACAGAGUUUGAUGCAACGACUCGGAGAUGAUGCGCCCAGUGCAGCAGGAGGGGACGCCGAGAGCCGGAGCGAUUCCUCAUCGCAGCCUAGGCAGCUAGCGCUGCCGAGUGUAGACAGCGGCAGCAGCCCCACCAGUCAACUAAAGACUCUUGACCAGCUCAGCUGGGUCAAGUAAGCAGGAGACGGGGGAAUGGAAAGGACACGAAACAACGGCUUCACGGCUUCCUCACUGCAUGUACGCCUGGUGGCUGUCCACAGCAUUCCAAGGGUGCUCUAUCAGGCGUUGCUGAUGCUUGUAAGUGACGGUGCAGACUUUGAUUCAUUGGUGACUUGGAUGUUGCUGCAGGACCGACGGACGAAGAAGAUGGCUCAGGACAUGGAGAGCACUCGAAAACUUCUCGUUGAUGAGCUGAAGGAACUGAAGCAGCAGGCUGCAGCACCAUCCCCUCCAACCAAGGCGCGUCCGCCCUCCCCGCACGUGCUCCUUGGCGCUGCGGGUUUUUCACCCGAGGCAAGCCGCCCACCAUCGGCACGAAGUGCAGUCCGCCUCCCUCCGAAGCCAUCGGGCGGUGAGGCGUCCCCCGACUCUGCACCGACGCCUCAUUCUGAGGAACGACUGAAUGAGAUGAUCGAGAAAAAGGUGGAGAAGGUCGUGGACGCGCGGCUCAUCGACAUCAAGAAGGCAACCAGUGAAAUGGAGACAAGGUGACAGAAGGAGACUCAUUUCAGGAAGUCACGGCUUUCUCACCUGGGCUUUUUGUCUUAUAGGGUAUAUCGUGUGGAGCAGACAGCUGUGAAGUUUCUCCGUCUUGUCGACAAUGUUCGCAACGAUGCGUCAGCUGCCAUCUCACGAAUGGAGCCGAUCGAAGCUGAGUUGACAGAGAUAAAGGCGCAUUUGGAGGCACAGCAAAAGAAACUCGAACAGCUGGACGAGACAUGCCAAACAAAGGUAAGAAUGCAGGCAAGGAGAACCCUUGUGUAAUCUACCUGCUGUUUAUUCAUCAGGCCCUUGAGACGAUGGCGAGGAGGGUUUUCUCGAUUGACAUGAGCAUCAUCCUGAAGUCAGCCUUCGAUCCGCUCCUCAAGGACGUCGCUCGAGAGUCAGGCAAGAAACCGGAGGUCUCUGACCUUGUCGGCAUCCAGAGAGACAUCCAGGAAGGCAUCAAGCAGAUGAUUGGCAGUAUCAAACACGCCACCGAUGACAUGGACAAGCUGAAGUAGGGCGAGACAAGACAAAAGACUUGCACAGGAAGAAAUCAUGUGUGAAAUGGUCAUCUGCAGGAGAGACACGACCCGCAUCGAUAGCCACAGCGAUCAGCUGGCGAGCCUUCAGGGCAUGAAAGAGACUGUGGCAGCGCUGAAAGAAUCGAUGGAGCACAUGGCGGACAUUUCACCUCGAGCAGCGAUCGCAGAGACACCGUCAAGUACGGGGGCAGCUGAGAGCUCAGAGAUCCUGCAAGCGAUGCGUGAGGAUCAGAAGAAGUUGAUGGUCAAGAUCUCGCAGCAGCAGAAGGCAAUGGCUGAGAUGCAGAAGAAGAUUGAGCAGCUCGAGAGCGAUGUGCGUCGCCCGAAGGCAGUAGAGGAGGCCCCGGCAGCCGUGACAGAGGCGCCGAGUGGGGAGGAAGCGAUAACAGCAAUCGAUAAGGAAGAGAUGAAGGCGCUUUUGCAGCGAUGUGAGCAGCGGGCGCUGAACACGAUCGAGAUGACAGGUACAAAGAGAGACACACAAUCAAAGUCUUUGUAAGGGCUUCCGUGUCUUGACCUCGUUCCGUGUCUUGACCUUGUGCCAGAGCAAAGGCUUCGUCAAGAGUUCAGCAUCAGGCUUGGUGAGGUCCGUCGAUCGUCGUUCAGCGAGACCAAUCGCAUGGAUGAAACAGUCAAACGACUGCAGCGAAUGUGGGACGUAAGCAUACACAAGCAGCGGCAUCAAGCGCAGUGUCAGAGCUGCACAAUGGCGAUUUCUUCUCUUUUGUUCGCCUGCAGGACAUGCAUGAGGCAUAUGAGAUGUCAAAACAGACAGGAGUCGAUUUGUCUGGGGCGAGGCUGCACCACGUGGAAAGCCGAAUCAGGAACCAAGAGGAAUACCGCAUCCGGGACCAUACUGAGUAUGCCAUUUGAACAAUGGAAUGCAUUCAUCGCCCCGGCAUUCUCUGAUCGGUGCUUUCCUUCUUGCAGAAUUAAUGAGCGAUUCGCCAUGCUGGAGAACGCGCUCCAAAGCGUUAUAGAGCAAGCAAUGCCUCCCCAUUUGCUGCCCCCUUCUCGUCGACCAAGCCAAAGCCGAACCUCACCUGUCACUCCCCGUGACAGCACGGCUGACGUCCACGCAGCUGCAGAGGAGACGGCGCCCUUCGCUAUCCCCACCGGCUUUCGCUUCAGCGUGGGCUCGGCACCCGGGACCAGAGGACGCUUGGGCUUUGGAUUGGAUAGGACUCAUCAUAGGAGUGGCAUGUCUCGUCCUGCCGGUCCGUCACUGCCUGCGUCGCCGCGACAGCGGGACAAAGAAGGCGACCUACAAGACAUCGCACAGCUGCGGCCAUCAUCGGAAAGAAUGCGGACGAGAAGGGAUACGACACCGGUGAGGUUCGAGGCUUCAGCAGCGCCAAUGUCUGUCUCCAUCCCGUCAGCGGCUCCUGAGAAAGGCGGUGAAGGGGGGUCCGCUGAGCGCAUGGCUCACAAAAUGUCCCUGCCGUCAACCCCCUAUCGCACUCCUCGACCUCUGCGUGGCGGCAUUUCGGCACCUCGGUGGUCCAACCUCGCCAUGUCAACACCCACAACAGACAAUGUAUCGACAACCGCAUCGCGAGCGGCUAGUACGGGCUUUCAGCAGUCGACUCUGCAAAGAACGCGCGUCGACACGGAGGAGAGCAUAAGGGCGUCGCGUGCCAGGUCUAUUGUGAACGCGUUGGAGGUGUCAUCCCCUCUGACUCCCCUCCCACCUGACGGCCGCCAGCUUUUUCCCACCAGCAGGCCCAGCUCCCGCGCACGGAUGAUGAAGGAGAGGCCGAAGACGCCGCCCGCUGUUCCUGAAGAGCCCCUGCCUCUCCUACCCGAGACACACGAGGAUAUGGUCGUCACCGAAUCAGUGCGCCGCCCAAUCGUGGAACUGACUGCCACGGGAAUGCAGGUGGCAAUACCCGAGGCACAACGGAGAAGAGCGAACACGCCAGCGGCGUAUUCCCAUAGUGCCGCCACUGAGGGGGACCAGAGCGCUGUCGGGAGCGCUGUCGGGAUGAGCGAGGACAUGCUAACGGAAACUGGCCGACAGCCUGACCAGCUCCAGCCGGCAAGGGACGAACCUGCAGAAGAAGUCGUGAUUGAGGAGAUGGUGACAUUCCAGCCGAUCCCAUUUCCGCUAAUGGAGAAUCUGUUCAGGCCACAGACUGCUCCUCGGCCCGUCGGAGGCACGGAAGGUGACACACGAGAACCUGUCCAGUACCUUACCGCGACGCAGUACACAAGAGAUCUGACAGCGCCUCGGGCGAAAUAUUCGGCGCGGCUACUGAAGAAAUUGAGCGAGUCUACGGAGACAGAAUUGAGGCAGCAGAGAGGGACUUUUGUGUCGGUGCUUGGUGUGUCUACACCCGCACAUACGCAGCGGUUUUGGUCCACAAUUACCCCGCCACGCUUCCAUCGCUCUGUGGCGGAGGGCCAAGCGCCAGAGGAGGCACGAGUGGCUCACUAUCUCUCUCUCGUAAGCCCUCCUGUCUCGCCCCCGCAGACAAGCCGAGCUGUGACAGCGCCACGACCGUCAUCGGCGGGAUAGACUACACGAAGAGGAAUAUGUACAUGACGAAGGUGCUUGAUACGAAGUUAGAAAGGGAUCGAUAGGUCUUUCGGCGGUCGAUGUUUGAUCGGUCAGUCGUCACGAAGAAGAAGAGUAGUGCACGCAGACGGACACACAUGAACCUACACGAAGAUAAACACCUUUGCCUCUCG